CCAAAUUCGACAUCGAGUUCAUGGGAUGGGUCCAAUCUGAUGGGUCUCGAUCUGACCGCCCCGCUUUCAAUGACCAGAAAUAUGCCGGAGCUGCGGCUGUACCCCCGGAUAGAGACAUGAAGAUCCGCUGGAGACGGGCAUGGUAAAAUCUUACAUAAAAGUGCGUUGUUGGCGUCUUUGGCACUAUGACUUCACUUAACAUUCUGUCAACCUAAACUACAUACUCGGUUACUAUUAGCUCAGAAAAUGAACGACAUACGAAACCGUGCUUCCUCAUCCGUCAGAUCAGACGAAAAGGGGAACAAGCUCUCUUACCAAUAUGGCGGCGUCCAUCAAAGCCUUUGGGUGGACAGACUGCCUCGUUCUUGGGUUCCAUACGUGCAACUCGCUCGUCUUAGCCCACCCGCUGGCCUUGUCUUAAUAUACUUUCCACACCUCUUCGGUAUAUUGCACGCAGCAAUCACGUACCAGUCACCAGUCACCCAAGUCCUGCCAAUCUGUGUUUUACUCCUAGGCGGCUCCCUCUUCUUCUCUAACGCUGCCCACGCAUGGAACGACCUUAUAGAUAGGCCUAUAGAUGCUUGUGUCGCUCGGACGAAGAAUCGGCCCAUUGCUAGGGGCACGAUAUCACCAAAGGCAGCAUUUAUCUUCAUUAUUACUCAGGCUCUCAUCGCCGCCUCGUUCUUACUGUUCCUUACACCAUCAGCGGCAAUAGCCACGACUCCCACCAUCAUUUUCACCAUUUAUUACCCGUGGUCCAAGAGACAUACAUAUUUUUCUCAAUUUGUGCUUGGUUUUUGCCUUGCGUGGGGAAUUAUCGUUGGCUGUGCGGCCGUCGGCGCAGAGCAGCCGUGGAAAGAUCGAUCCGCAUUGUGCUUAGUUCUCGUAUCUAUCUUCUGGACGGUGAUCUACGAUACCAUCUAUUCAUAUCAAGAUAUCGAGGAUGAUAUCAAGAUCGGGCUUAAAAGCACUGCUGUGCUCUUCGGAAACUAUACGAAGCUAUUCUUGUGGGUGUGUUAUGGUUUCAUGUGUACGUUCAUCGUCUUGUACGGGCAACUAUCUGCUUUAGGGAUCGGAUAUUACAUUAUCACACUUGGAGGUUCUCUCCUAUCUCUUGGGACCAUGAUCGCUAGCGUAGAUCUAAAAGAUGAGGCUGAUUGUUGGUGGUGGUUCGUGAGUGACUUCUGGUCCACAGGAGUAUCCAUCGCAGGUGGACUUGUGUUUGAAUAUGUGUCAUGCGCACAUUUCAUUAAAUGAUAUGUAGCCGUACUGAACAUACUGUCUCAUUCAAUAGCACGUGGCUCAAUGUGAGGUCUGAAUUGUAGUUGCGGGGGUACCAAUGCUUAGGCACGAGCUGCUUGGUGUUGCGAAUAUAUUCAAUAUAAUCAGUCUUUAUAGACCCUCUAUUUGCUACAUUAACAGGCUGACAUAGGUACCUACCUUUACCUAACCUAGGGGUACAUAGAUUAGGUACAUAAUCAUCUGCAUCAAAGGG